AUGGACUAUCUUGAGACACAGCACCAGCUGUAUUGCAUGGAGGGAUUAGAGUUGUUCCGAAUGACGAUAAUUCGGAACAUGCAAAUCCGAAUACAGGAGAGGACCAUAAAUAACUCCUACAAGCAUACUCAAGUCUACGUUCAAGGAUACACGCUCUUGAAAUACACACCCGUUGGCGAGAGAGUACAAGCGAACGGAUUCGUUCGUUUAUAUUCUACUUUUCAUGUUUGUGUUUCCGAAGCAUUCAAAGAAGAACAAGAAGCCCAUUUCCAUGCCCUCAAACACUACCCCAACUGGCAUCCGGAUGUCAGCGAUUACGCCACCAUAAUAUGA